AAGCAAAACGAAGAGUUUUCGAUUUCAGCGACGUUCUCGACUUUGCUCAAUAUAGUUUCUUUGGUUGCUGUCCUGCAUCGAUUGCGAUUCGAUGAGUCUUCAAACCAUCCGAGUUAUAUACCAAUAAUUGCGAUCCUUUUUAUUAAUUUAUUUCUUAGUUGUUUAUUGUUUUUGCCAUCAAAAGCGUUUCUCACAUCCAGCGGUGUAUUUAAUGAAUUCGGUUGUAAUUUGUAUGGAUCAGUGGACCUUUGCUUAUCACUUUUACAAAUUAAUAGUGCUUCGUUCAUUGCACUGGAUAGAUAUAUUGUUACUGUUACACCAUCUUGGCUAUCUUCUGGUUCAAAAGCAGAGAAAUAUAUUGGUUUUCUAACCACUACAUUUCUCCUAUUCUUUCUUAUUCCGUCUUGUUCAACUGGCGCGUUAUAUUAUAGUAUUAUCGAGCAUGUCAAAGAAUCUAGUCAAAAAAAUCGUGAUGAUUCCCUAAAUCAAAAUGUUCAUUGUCCCUGGGCAUCAGAACAAUAUAUUUCAGUGACUUGUUUGAUAUGCUUAUUAGCGACAACUACACCUUAUCUUCCUUAUGCAAUCGCUUGUCUUAAUCCUUUCGACAGAAAUUUUGCGGAUAUCUCAUAUAAUGUGACACCAGUGAUAUUAUCAAGGCUUAGUACAAUAUUUGCUCCAAUCGCUUUCGUAUGGAUGAAUGAUUCGAUAUGUAAAAAAAGGCAAACGAAUCGGCUACAACGUAUGAGUACUUAUCAUACAAUAACUGCUAUCGCAGAAGUUCCAACUAUUUCCUGUUCAAUUCUUGCUCCAGCAAUCGUUCGAAGACAGUUGCCCAAAGUUCCAGAGCAUUUUUUGGAGAAGGCAAAUGCAAUUUCUCCUUAA